ACUGCAGGUGGCCCUUCUCACAGUUUACACCUCACUGAGCCGGAAAACCUUUUGGCUUUGAAGAUUACUUUCGGAUCUAACCUUUCCUUGAGAAGAAAACAAGUGCUCCCAGCUGCACAAUGAUGCUGGACUCCGUUAGCCAUAAUACCUUCCUGCCAAACACAAUGAUGUGUGAAUCCUUGACAUCAUGGUCAGAUGUAUUUGGAAUAGUGGAUGAACAGUACUCACUAUUUGAACAUCAAACAGCUUGUGAUUCGUCCUGGACUUCUAUGCAUCCAGAAUACUGGACAAGACACAACGUCUGUGAGUGGCUACAGUUUUGCUGUGAUCAAUACAAACUGGAUGCUAAUUGCAUUUCCUUUUCCCACUUCAACAUAAAUGGUCACCAGCUCUGUUGUAUGACCCAAGAAGAUUUUUUAAAUGCUGCUGGAAUUUGUGGUGAAUACCUCUACUUCAUACUCCAAAACAUCAAGACUCGUGGCAUCUCCUUCUUUCAGGACAAUGAAGAUACAAAGUCAUCUGAAAAAGACUAUAAUGAUAAGGCAUGUUUGAGAACAGGUGGCAUCAAGAGUCAAGAUUUUCAAGGUCACAGUAGAACAAGUCUGCAGAGUUCUCACUUGUGGGAGUUUGUACGAGAUCUUCUCUUGUCCCCUGAAGAGAAUUCCGGUAUCCUUGAAUGGGAAGACAGAGACCAAGGCGUCUUUCGUGUUAUCAAAUCUGAUGCUCUGGCAAAGAUGUGGGGACAAAGGAAAAAAAAUGACAGAAUGACAUAUGAAAAACUAAGCAGAGCACUCCGGUAUUAUUAUAAAACUGGAAUUUUAGAACGAGUUGACAGGAGAUUAGUGUAUAAAUUUGGAAAAAAUGCACAUGGAUGGCAAGAAAGCAACUCAUGAGAUACCCAUAUCUUUGGACUCAUUAUCUAAUAAACAAUGUGAAGGUCAAUUCCCACAGAUGGAAGUUCUCUGCCAGCUUUUCUAGAUCGAAAUGGCCAUAUACUCUGGAUAACUGGAUAAAAUAACCAUUAAUAGACAGUCUGGAUUAGGAAAUGUACUGCCUUUGCACUUUUUAUCUACCACACAACCUGCAUGGCAUAAGCACCCAUAAUAUGGUUUCAAUCUUUCCAGUAAUCUGGUGCGAUUUUGCUCUGAAAGCCAAUAAGAGUUUGUCAUCAGUACUUAAACCUAAAUCCCAGGUUUAUAGUACUUCCAUUUUGAGUUUGAUGGAAUUUUGAAUAGCAUUUUCUUGAUAUCAUCUUCUACCAAUGGGUGAGCAACUGAUUGUCAUGUGGUCUGUACGAGUCUCUGUAAUAUUUUUUACAGGCUCAAAGAACCAUAGAAGUAGUGCCUCUAAUACUCAGCAGUAGAGUCCAAGAAACGGGUGCAAUUUCCUAUUGCUUGAAUGGAAAAUAAUGUGUGUUUUUUAAAAUGAUGUGUUUAAAUAAUAUUAAAAAGUACUCAAAUGCAAAAAAAGAUCUGCUUUAUCUAGUAAAAGAUAGUCCAUGUCUACCAUCAUACUCCAAUAGGUAACGUAGAAUGAUCAUUUUUCUCUAUCCUAUCAACCUGAAUGUGGAUAUGUGCUCUUCUAGAUAUAGUUGAAUUGGAACUCCCAACAGACUCAGCCAAUAUAACCAAUGAAAAUGGCACAUGGAUCUAAUUCACCAACUUUGGGAGGCCAACAAGUUCCUCUGCCUGUCCUCUUGCAUUCAAAGUUUCAUCUUGCCUGCAGCAACAUUCUUAGUGUGGUUAUGCUGGUAGUCACAACAAUAUUUGUCACAGCAUGAAUAAAAAAAAUUAUUUGUGGUACUAUAUAUGAAGGUUACACUUGAGUCCAAACAGACUUGGGAAAGACUGGUUCUGAUUCCAGCUGGAUAAGGAUUUGGUGCUACUAUUCACUUUUUACACAUGCGAAAGGAACCGAAACCAAUAUUUCUGCUUCAGAAUUUGUGAAGAAGUUUUUUUUUUCUUUCUUCAGGAAGAAAGGCACUGUGUUCUGUGUUCAUAAUGCCACUUUUGUAAUCUAUAAAACAUGAAAAGACUUUAGCUAUGAUUUACACUCCCUCACUCAAAGCAAGGUUGUACAUCAAGAAUGUGGUUGAAUAAGUUGGCUUCUUAGGA